AAGUUGCAGCCGGGAAGCCAGCGAGGUCGGUUCCGCCCGACUCUAACAUGGCGGCGCCCUUUGUCUGCUGUAAAGUGCCGUCCCCGGCCUUCUCGCGGCCGUGAUGCACCUCCCUCUGCGGUGGGGCCCAGGACAUGGCAGGUAAUGAGCUGGAGGAGGAGAGCCAAGCUGGAGUUUGCACAGACAAACUGUCAGAAAAGAAUAGCCUUGGCCGCUUGGAAAUCUGAGCCAUGGAUUUCCCCCAGCACAGCCAGCAUGUCUUGGAGCAGCUGAACCAACAGCGGCGGCUGGGGCUUCUGUGUGACUGCACUUUUGUGGUGGACGGUGUUGACUUCAAGGCCCAUAAAGCAGUGCUGGCGGCCUGCAGCGAGUAUUUCAAGAUGCUCUUCGUGGACCAGAAGGAUGUGGUGCAUCUGGACAUCAGUAACGCGGCAGGCCUGGGGCAGGUGCUGGAUUUUAUGUACACAGCCAAGCUGAGCCUGAGCUCUGAAAACGUGGAUGAUGUGCUGGCUGUGGCCAGCUUCCUGCAGAUGCAGGACAUCAUCACAGCCUGCCAUGCCCUCAAGUCAUUCGCUGAGCCGGCCACCAGCUCUGGGGAGAAUACAACGGCCUUGGCCAUGGAAGGAGAGGACAAGAGAGCCAAAGAGGAGAAGACUGCUGCCACCACGCCGAGUGAGCUGGAGCCAGCCGGAAGCAGUCCACCCAUAGGCCCAGGCAGGGAACCCAAAGAGGAGCGGGGCGGCCAGGCCGAGAGCGCGGCCAGUGGUGCAGAGCAGACGGAGAAGGCCGAUGCCCCCCGGGAGCCGCCGUCGGUGGAGCUCAAGCCUGACCCCACCAGUGGCAUGGCUGCUGCAGAAGCUGAGGCCGCCUUGUCAGAGAGCUCUGAGCAAGGCGCCUCAGUGCCUGCCCUUCUCGCGGCAGAAAUGGAGGUGGAGCCAGCCAGGAAGGGAGAAGGGAGAGAGGAGGAGGGCGCUGUGGUCAAGGAAGAGGGGCCGCCACUGGAGAAGGGAGAGGCCCCAGAGGAGAGCGAGGAGUCGGCGAGCACGGACUCGGGCCAGGAGCUGGGUGCCGAGGCCCGCGGCCUGCGCUCGGGCACCUACGGGGACCGCACAGAGUCCAAGGCGUAUGGCUCGAUCAUCCACAAGUGCGAGGACUGUGGGAAGGAGUUCACACACACGGGCAACUUCAAGCGGCACAUCCGCAUCCACACAGGCGAGAAGCCCUUCUCGUGCCGGGAGUGCAGCAAGGCAUUCUCCGACCCCGCCGCCUGCAAGGCCCACGAGAAGACGCACAGCCCGCUGAAGCCUUACGGCUGUGAGGAGUGUGGCAAGAGCUACCGGCUCAUCAGCCUGCUGAACCUGCACAAGAAGCGGCACUCGGGCGAGGCACGCUACCGCUGCGAGGGCUGCGGCAAGCUCUUCACGACGUCGGGCAACCUCAAGCGGCACCAGCUGGUGCACAGCGGGGAGAAGCCCUACCAGUGCGACUACUGCGGCCGCUCCUUCUCCGACCCCACCUCCAAGAUGCGCCACCUGGAGACCCACGACACCGACAAGGAGCACAAGUGUCCUCACUGUGACAAGAAGUUCAACCAGGUGGGGAAUCUGAAGGCCCACCUGAAGAUCCACAUCGCGGACGGGCCCCUCAAGUGCCGAGAGUGUGGAAAGCAGUUCACCACCUCAGGGAACCUCAAGCGGCACCUUCGCAUCCACAGUGGGGAGAAGCCCUACGUGUGUGUCCACUGCCAGCGGCAGUUUGCUGACCCUGGGGCUCUGCAGCGGCAUGUCCGUAUCCACACAGGCGAGAAGCCGUGCCAGUGUGUGAUGUGCGGCAAGGCCUUCACCCAGGCCAGCUCCCUCAUUGCCCACGUGCGCCAGCACACCGGGGAGAAGCCCUACGUCUGCGAGCGCUGCGGCAAGAGAUUUGUCCAGUCCAGCCAGCUGGCCAAUCACAUUCGCCACCACGACAAUAUCCGUCCUCACAAGUGCAGCGUGUGCAGCAAGGCCUUCGUGAAUGUGGGUGACCUGUCCAAGCACAUCAUCAUCCACACUGGAGAGAAGCCUUACCUGUGUGACAAGUGCGGUCGUGGCUUCAACCGGGUGGACAACUUGCGUUCUCAUGUGAAGACCGUGCACCAGGGCAAGGCAGGCAUCAAAAUCCUAGAGCCAGAGGAGGGUGGCGAGGUCAGCGUGGUCACUGUUGAUGACAUGGUCACACUGGCCACUGAGGCGCUGGCAGCAACAGCUGUCACUCAGCUCACAGUGGUACCAGUGGGGGCUGCGGUGACUGCCGACGAGACAGAAGUACUGAAAGCCGAGAUCAGUAAAGCUGUGAAGCAAGUGCAGGAAGAAGACCCCAACACCCACAUCCUCUAUGCCUGUGACUCCUGUGGGGACAAGUUCCUGGAUGCUAAUAGCCUGGCCCAGCACGUGCGGAUCCACACGGCCCAGGCACUUGUCAUGUUCCAGACUGAUGCGGACUUCUACCAGCAGUAUGGACCGGGCAGCACGUGGCCAGCUGGGCAGUCCGCCCUCAGCAGCUGUAACCUCUCACUUGGAGAUGGCACCAUCUUCUUGCAUCAAAAGUGUAGGUCUGUUUGGAGGAACUCUGGAUAUUUCAAGUGAGACGACCAGCUCUGUGGUCCGUGUUCCUGUUCCCCAGCUUGUAUGGGGUCCAGUAGCAGGGCAAGCAUGACCCGCCCACCCCAUCCUCCUGUCUGGAGGCUGCUGCAGGGCCAGCCUGCAUCACCACACCCAGAGAAGGAAGGGGCAGAAGACAAAGACACCAAAGCUCGCUUAAGAUGCUGCUGCGUUGGUGUGGGCGUGGUUUUAUUCUGCAUCUAAAUGUGAAGUGCCUUCCACUUACCCAGUAACCAGUUCAGUCCAGUCCAUGCUGGAAAUUUCCCUAAGAUAGAGUGAUCCUUAGGGAGAAUUAAGUGGCAGAAACGAAUAGGUCUCAUAUCCAAACUCGGGGCGGGUUGGGUGGAGAAAGCAAAAAUGGGAUGAGGGCCAGCUGUUCCAUAAGCCAAGGCCCCUCGCUCCUCCCACCGAAGUGACAAUCACAUCCACACUUGACGUGUUUUGUAUUUUUUAAUAAAGUUUGUAAUCCAAUGGACACACAAAACAAAACUGCGCUGAGAAAAACAGUUUCAUAAAUUAAUAAGUGUUAGGAAGUUGCGGGGAGAGGUCAAGGUAUCAGGAGGGGAAGCCAGUCGUGUGUGUGUGUGUGUGUGUGUGUGUGUGUGACACUUCCAAACCACGGGGGCAGGACCCGUGCUGAAACGAAGCGCACAUAUACAAGUGAG